ACUACAAAGUCGGCGGGUUUAGGGCGGUCCUCGCGUUCCGUCGGGGUCCGGGACCAUUUAAAGGGGAAGCAGCAGGCGAGGAGCAGGUGGCGGACGAGGGAUAAUAUGGCAGGAGAGGAGCAGCGACAGCUCUUUGGAGGGGCCUUUUCUGCCUUCCUCCCCCCUGGAAGCCUGGACGUCAGCGAGUUGCGCCAGGUGCCCGACAACCAGGAGGUCUUUGUCCACCCCAGCACAGAUCAAAGCAUCAUCGUGGAACUGCUGGAAUAUCAGGCAGGGGUGCCCGAUGAAGCCGCUGUCAGAUACCACUUUGAGGAUGUGGUUGGCACUUCUGGCGGCGCUGAGGUUUUGAGCCAGGAGUCGUUGGCACCUCACCUCCUGGCCUUGGAAGGCUGUAGCAGUGCCUGGAACCUCACCGCUUGCCAGCUGGUAUCCAAAUUCAACGAAGAGGCCAAAAACGAGGUGAGAAUGCAUCUUGCGCUGCUUCGCCUGCCCCAGUAUGGAACAGACGUGCUCUUGACUUUCAAUGACCCCAUCCGUAUUCACCCCCUAAGCAGUAGCGCGGCCCGAGGAACCGAGGUACCCGCUUCUCUGCCUCCGUGGACGGUGGAGGACUUCCACACCUUUGUACACAGACUGCGACUUCUCGACCCCGGCGUCUUUGGGUAGCCCGGAACCAGACACCUGAGAUCCAGCCUCAACCCAUUUCCAUCAUCUACGCAACACUGUCUGCCAGGACUCUUGGGUGGCUACCUGUCUUCCCCACACCAUAGCUUUCCCCUUGGUCCAGAGGGAAAGAGAGCAUCCUGCAGGAUGAUCUCAUUGCAGAAGGCGGUUUCGUGCCACCCCAUCUCCAAAAGAGGGUUUCGAGUCUCUCCUCAAAUGAAAUGGACUUGGCAAGUUUCACCGGCAGAACUUCACCUUGGUCUCUUCCACUUAGCGCUCCUCCCCCCUGCCAAAAAAAACACACCCUAGCUCAAAUAUUGUUGUCCCAUAAAAAGUUGUGUCCAAUAAAAAGUUAAAUCCUCCCA